GUAAAAUUAAAUUUCAUUUUGUUUUAUAUAUUCUACUCAUCAUACUUAUUGUCAUACAUAGCGUGAGACUUGAGACAACCCUUAUAACAUUAUAACCCAAAUAACAUUAUUCAGGAUAAAUGAAAUACAGUUGUUCUUGUUAUUGUGGUUUCUAACCCGAAUUCGUAGAAUUAUGAGUGUAAAACACGAAAGGCGGUCAUCCAGGAAGAUGGUCAAUUAUGCAGCAUUUGCAGCUGAAGGCGGUAGCGAUAGUGAUGAUGAUUUUGCACCUGAUUCCACACCUCCGAUCACAAAACGAAACAAGCCGGCAGCAAAGGAAAGAUUGGCAAGAAAGAGUGUUUCAGAGAGAAAGUCAACUAAGAAGUCUCAUAUGGAGGCACCAAAGGAUCGGAGCACACCGGGUGAUGACAAGUUCCAGCGUGACCUGGAAGUUGCGAUUGCAUUGUCGUCCAACGUCAACACUGUUCAGAGUGAAAACACAUCUCUUACUACUCAGAGAGGUGAGAGCAGCAACACAUCCCCACUUCCCUCUGAAGAAGCAAGAAGCAAGAAUCAGGCAAAGCAAAUGCAAUCAACAGGGAUCUUAGACAGACUUCAGGGAAUUGACAAGACAGGAACAUCAUGUGGUCCUGUUGCUGGAAGCACAGAAGAAAGAGCUUCCAGCAGUAAUGAUGUUGGAAGCAAUGAGAACAUAUUGCCUGAGAGUGAUAAAGUGGCAUCAAAAUCUCAGAUAACUAAAGACAAGGACAGACAGGAAAAGCAACCUAUCAAUGUUAGUUCAAGAACUUCUAAUGCAGGCAGUGGCGCAAUAAGGAAGCCUAUCUGGAAACCCCCGGCACAUGCGACAUCGGCAAACUGCACGACAGGUGGCGCCAACGACAAACGUGUUAAACACUCACCAGGUGGUGUGGGUGUGAGGGUGUCGGACAUUUCUCUACGUGGUGUCAACGUCAACUCUCCAGGCUUGCUGCGUCUUGGGUUGUCACGACGAGCACACAUUGCACCACUACACGGCACCGUCAAACCACGCCAGUAGCAAAGAACGUCGGCUAAAGUACUUAUGCAAACAGCUGCAGUCAACUGCAGCAUAGCUCCCUAUGUAUCUCUAUUAUCUACUCCUGAUUAUAUCUACCAAUGCAAUUUCCAGCUGAAGGUUUUUCGCACGAAUUUCUUGUUAUGCUAGUAAUUUAAUAUCUGCACAACAUUUUUUUAAAGCCAACGUGCAAGAGGGGUGUUCUUGUGAAGUGUGUGAGGGAUGUCAUUAUCACAAGCACCAGCAAGUGUGUAAGCAUGUUGGAUAUCAUGGUGCUGUUAGGUCUAAUACCCCAUCUAACAUGUCAAUAGCCUUAACAACUGAGUUUCUCCAUGUUUACCCUAUUGUGCAUGUCUAGGAAAGGAUGUUAUCAUUGUAAAUAAACACUACAAAUUAAUACCAA